UGGUCCUGCAUCGACUCGGGGCCGCUUCGAGGAGGCGAAACAAGCAAGAGCGUAGCCAGCGAGGCGCCGAACGCUGGCGCUGCGGGCGCGUCCGACGGGGCGCUCGGGGUCGCAUCGAUUGAGGGCCGCCUCCGCCGUCGCUCGGAAGGGGGUUGCGCCCGGGGAGGAUGCCGGUCGCUGGCGGAGGCCGGGAAGCCACCAUGAGCGUCCGCCGUGUCCGGGGCUCCUUCAGGGGCUCUCUGCGACAGUACGUAAGCGGCGAGACGUCCAAGCGAAACCCGGUGAGGCACUUCCAGUGGGUUUACCAAAACGACGAGUGGCACAUUGCCUACGACGACGGAGAUGAGGUGUCCCUCAUGUUCGCCAAGUUUGAGCGACUCCCCAUGAAGGACUUCGGCGCCGAAGUGAGGGCAUCCAUGGACGUUGAUCAGUUCCUCAUUCAAGCCGUGCUCCUACUGGACGUGCAGGAGACCUCGCUCGAAGGCAUCGUCGACAAGAUGCUACAAAAGGUGCUUGACGGACGCGAACAGAUGGCAACCCUAGCAGAAGCGAAGGAAUCGCUUUUCACUCACGAACAAGUGCACCUACUAUCCAGGACGAUCCAGGGAACGUGUAUGCGAGAGGGGGGAGGAUUCGACUACGACCAGUCCUGGAUCUGCGCAUUGUGCGCGCUGCCGUCCCUGCAGAAGCGGCACGUGGCCGUGGCACGGCUCAAGCACCCGGCCAACAUGGGUCGCACCUGCCACGAAGUGCGCUUCUUCAUCCUGGUGCUGACGCCGAGCAAGGAGAAGGGCACCAAGAACGCCCUCGAGACCGGCCGCACGUUCGCCACCAUCUUCGCCGACAUGGACUUCCGGCAGCGCCUCCUGGAGGUGCACUCCGAGGCCGAGUUCAAAAACGUGCUCCUCAAGCACGCCCAGGACCUGGCAGCCGAGCAGAGCAAUCCCGUGCACCUGCGGGGAUCGCAGGCCCAGCUAGACUUCCCGCCCCGUAGGUGUCCCAUCGCUCAAGGUCUCAACGACGACCUGCGACGGCGGUUGUCGCACUACGUCAGCGACUAUAUAGAUGGAGUGGUAGGCCACCGGACAAUCUACAAGACCGUCUCCACCAUCUUCUUUCUUUACUUUGCCUGCCUUCUGCCAACCAUUGCCUUCGGAGCGCUGAACGACACCAACACCAAGGGCAAGAUAGGCGAGUUAGACGUCCGCAAGUGCAUCAUCAGCCAAACCAUUGGCGGCCUCUCCUUCGCCCUGUUCGGUGGUCAGCCGUUGGUGAUCCUCAUGACCACUGCCCCCCUCAGCCUAUACAUCAAGGUGAUCUACAACAUCUGCGAAGACUUCGACCUAGACUUCUACGCCAUGUACGCCUGCGUGGGACUGUGGAACACAUUCUUCCUGCUUUUAUUUGCCGUGUUCGACGCCAGCAAGCUGAUGAAGUGGUGCACGAGGUCGACGGAGGAGAUCUUCGCUCUGUUUAUCAGCAUCGCCUUCUGCGUGGACGCCGGUCGCGACGUGUACAAGAACUUCCAGCGCUACUACUACGCGUCCGAGUGCUCGCCGCCCACGGUGGAGGCGCUGAGCCGGCUGCUGCACAACGUGGGCGCGGCCACCAACAACACCACGGCGGCCGAGGCGCUGCUCGAGGCCCUGCCCCAGUGCCGGCGAGAGAACAGCCUGCUCUUCCUGCUGCUCAUGCUGGGCACCGUGUGGCUGGCCGUGUCCCUGUACAACUUCAACAAGACGCCCUACCUGCAGGCCAGCAAGCGCGAGAUGCUCGCCGACUACGCGCUGCCCGUGGCGGUCAUCGCGCUCAGCUUCCUCGGCUCGUUCGUCUUCCGAGAGGUCGAGACGGAGCAGUUCCACUUCGGCCACAGCGACCAGUUCGUGCGGGCGCGCGUCGAGGCACUGCAGUGGCCCGCCGCCCUGGCCGCCAUGGGGCUGGGCCUCGCGCUGUCGCUGCUCUUCUUCAUGGACCAGAACAUCUCGGCGGCGGUGGUGAACAACCCAUGCAACAAACUCAAGAAGGGCGCCGCCUACCACCUGGACCUGCUGGUCGUGGGCCUGCUGAACGGCGUGCUCUCGCUGUUCGGCCUGCCCUGGAUGCACGGCGUGCUGCCCCACUCGCCGCUGCACGUGCGCAGCCUGGCCGACGUCGAGGAGCGCGUCGACCAGGGCCACGUGUACGAGAUCAUAGUGCGCGUGCGCGAGACCCGGCUCACGGGCGCCGUGUCCCACCUGCUCAUCGGGCUCUCGGUGUUCAUGCUGCCCUACCCGCUGGCGCACAUCCCGACCGCGGUGCUGGACGGACUGUUCCUCUACAUGGCCAUCACGUCGCUCAACGGCAACCAGAUGUUCGAGCGCAUCACGCUGCUCUUCAUGGAGCAGGCGGCCUACCCGCCCAACCACUACAUCCGCCGGUGCCCGCAGCGCAAGAUCCACGUGUUCACCGUCUGCCAGGUGGUGCAGCUGCUGGUCAUGUGCUUCUUCGGGUUUGCGCCGUGGCCCUACGUAAAGAUGGUCUUCCCCGUCAUCAUCCUGCUACUCUUGCCACUCAGGCACAAGGUGGUCACGCUGUUCAUCGACCAAAAGUACCUGGAAGCGCUGGACGGCGAGCACCAGUAGCGUCCUCACACUCUAUGCAGCUGCAGCAGCCGCACGAGGCCGCCACCAGAAGCAGCAGCAGCAGCAGCAGCAGCCCGGGUUGUCGUACCUGAAACUUAUGCAAUGCGGCGAGGAGAACGCUCUCCCAUUUCCUCCCACCGUGUCAAAGUGCCGCCCGGGCGACCGUGUGCGCCCGCAGCCGCGUAAAAGAAAAAAAAAAGCGUCGAUACAACCCCCCCGCGAUUCACACCCCUCCCCCCACGAACCUCCUCCUCCCCCCAUGCGCGGACAGACGUCACAUGGGACGUGGCUUGCUUGUCCGCCCUUGUUCGCAGACAGAUCACAGCUCAGCUCAGGUCGGUGUUUGCCACGGUCAGCUCUGGUCGACUCCAGUCUGGCCAGGCUAGAGGUGUCGUGCAACUGGGCCUGCUUUAGUUUAGGGUUGUUCCAACCCCGGCUCAGGUGGGCGCUGGUCGCACCAGGUUUCACGUCCUGGUCUCGAGUCAACUGUCCGCGGACGGAGUCAGAAUCUUGGCCAGAUUCAGGUCACGCCUGGUGAAGAUCGGGGAACGUCCCGCCACGCCGGUGAUGGGGGGUCGGCGUUUGGCCGCCAGAACGCCUGGUCGCAGAUCGCGUCCCGGUGAAGUCUUCUUAGUGUUUAGGUGCCGGUUCGGGUCCGGUCGCAAGGGCAGAAGUGCGUGUCAAGAGUCCGGCCUCUUAUCUCUCUCUCUCUCUCUCUGGUCCCCGCCGCCAGACAUUCCUCCCCGCCGCCGCAGAAGCGCGAGGUCGUCGAGGCGAAACGACGGACGACGCGCUACGGUGGUUUCCGCGAACGCUGUGCACACACAUGGCACGAAGAAGAAGAAAAAAAAAGAUAGCGAGAUAAAUAAAAGAAAGCAGCGGCAAGGCCCGAGCCCCCCAGUGAGCGCCCAGCACCGAACCUGGCCCAGGCGAGGGCUAAAACGGCCGGGCACGCCGAAAAGUUCUACUGCAUUUACCCAAAUGGGAGCCACGAAGCGGCAAAAAGACAAAAUAGUGAUGCAGUCACAAUUGCGGCCCCUGAUCCACGCAACAACUUUACUCUCGACCGGUCGCAACACCCGUCUUUAAAACGACGCCCUGUCAGCACCAGAGGAAGCGAGUCAAAGCCACAUGACGUGUCUUGUGCGUCCCUGUCGUGUCUCGGCGAGUCUUCUGUCCGUGUAAGCGUACCUCCCCAGCAAGGCAAAAGAAAAACACAAGUAUUUCGUGUCCGUUGUCGCGUUAUUACAGUGUCUCUCGUCUCAGUCGUGACAGUCGCAGCUACGGACUCGCGAGCCGAUCCCACGGCGCGUCCACCUGGUUUCGUGUUCCCCUCGGCUAGUGGUUUGUCUGUCCAAUCGUCCGCGUGGUGGAACGGUGCGCGGGUCGGUACAGCAAUAUAAACGUGCGGCGAGCGCUCGCCGACGAAAAAUAGGUAAACGCAGAGAAACAAUCAGCCCAAACCACAGCUUCCGUUGUGAGCGUGGCACGUGUACAGUGAAACGCAUGGGCAAGCCGUGUGCCGUUCUUCUUCUUCCUUGUUGGCACCCUCACACCCACCCCGGUUAUCAGUAUCGUCCACGAAAGGUCUUCGGCAUGCUCCGUACGUCCACCAUAAAGAGUCAUCCACGUACUCGCAUUUCGGCUAUGCGAGUCUACGUCCCGGGUCACACGGAGGGCAACUGUGCAGCAAUCUCUCACCACGUCUCUCAACACGGGUCCCGGAAAUGACGUAGCAGUUCCGGCUCUCCUUCUCUCUCUCCUUCCUCGUGACGGGCGACGUAAAGGAGCAGGUUUUGCGACCGGGGCUUCCACGUGGGGCUCGGGCCUCUUCCGCUUCCGGCGGCGUCUCCCGCGCUGAAAAUGAGCAGGGGACGCCAACCCACGUGCUCCCCUUUUCAACGUGCUAUAGCGGCCUAGGAUUGCAUUUACGAAACAAAAAGGAAUUUAAAAAAAGAGGGGAAGCCGCCGUUCGCAGGUUUUCUUCGGCGCCGUUCUUCCGAGGACCCCCCCGUUUGCGAAACUCCAGAGAGGAAAGAUCGCUGCCACUUGCCAUAGGAAAGAAAAAAAACGCGUCGAGUGCAAGCAUCCCCGCACUGACAUGACAGUAGUCUCCGAAGAAGCACGUCGAAACGAACGACGUCUGCAGUGUCCGGUCUCUCAAUGAAGAAAGGUGGCGACCCGCUUGCCGGUGACGCUCGAGGGCAGACCCUUAAUCACGUGAACGAGGAACGCCCGUCACGUGACUUGAACGCAGCGUCCCGAGCGAAUCAGUUCACUGCAGGCUCUCACUCCUCUUUUCCCAGCAGUCUUUUCGAGCGCGCUUCACAGUGGCGCAAGGUGCAAGGCGCGCUGCAGGCCCCAAAGGUGUUCGUCGUCACACGAAGCCGUCUGCCAGCGACAUUUUCCUCGCAACUCCCCCCACCCACACGAAGAUCGCACGUGCAAGAAAUGAGUCGUACGCCGCCACCAGUGACGUAGGCAACGGCAGCUGCCCGCAGCGCCAUCUGGACGCGUCCGGCUGAGACAACGACAGCGAUGGAAGUACAAAACGAGACCGCGUCGGCGUGAGCCGUUACAAGGGGCAAGGACUGGGUUGCCAGAGGUGCAGGACGCGUCCAGAGCAGCCCUGCGCGUGUCCCGCUGCUCAAAGUUCCCGUAUAGGGCUCAGCUAAGCUCCGAAAAGCUGAGCGCUCGCGCUACAGACCUCUCCCUCGACGGCAUUUUCUCUACCGUAGGCAUUUCUCGAAGGCAUUUCUCGAAGGCAUUUGUUGUCGGCUGCAAGAAAGCCCCGUCGUCCACUGAAGUCCUCCGAAGGGCAGCGCCGGAGAGAGACGCUGACACUGCGAGGCGAACGCGUCCUCUUCUUUCUCUCUCUCUUUUUUUUUCUAUCUAUCAAAGGUGUGGUUAGUUUGUGUCUUAGGCAUCAUCACUAAGCACUUGUGUCCGUAGCAUCUAUACAAAGAAGAGCUCGAAUGAAAGAAAAAAAUGGAAACAUCCCUUCCGGGAUGGCAAAAAAAAAAGAAGACUCAUCAGUCGUAGUGUGAAAGGCCCCUAGAGCAAUAUAGAUGAUAAGAAUAUAAAACACAGUAACACGUAUACACACACGCACACUGCAAAACAAAACAUACAGAAUCGCAGCUGUCCCGGCCGCUCUUGCGUUCUUGCUCAAGUUCGCCACGAGGAACGUCAGGGUGUGGUCACGUGGUCGGGUGGCGGUCGAGGUUUCGACGUCCAGUCCAAUUUUGAGUACCUUAUGAGCUUCGAGUUCUCGGUUUCCGCUGCUGCAGCUACAAAUUGCCGUAGCCAGUGGAGCUCGAAUUGUACCGUCAAUCAGGCAGCUAUAAAUAAGCUUCUGAAUACCGGUGCACAGGCCUGGAAAGCUCGCGUUACCUUAUGUGGAGAGCCGUUACCACGUGAUGUGAUAUUUGGCGAUGAACUGCUGCUAAACACUGCGUAACACCACAAUCCUAAAAUAGGUCUAUCUUUUCUUUCUUUUUUUUCUCUCUCUCUUUCUCUUUCGCUUUCAUAAAUUCAAUCCCCAGAGCUUCAUCGAGAAGUGCCUCAUGAGCGAUUCUCAAAUAUACGAUGCCUUUUUAGCAGCGUUUCUUAUGCCGUUAAACAUAUUUUGCACCGUUUGCAGACAACAAAAACCCUGGCUUGAAAGCGCAGUGUCACCUAAUUGUUGCUAACGUGCAAGAUAAAAGGCCCUUGCGGCCUGCAAUAAAGGAACGUAGUUGCUAUUAUGUGUUAUUCGCACCCAAGCAGCAAUAAACUUAAAAGUAAUUCGGGGUGUUCUCGAUAGCUGUCUUUGUCAGAGCAGCUCUUUAAACGAGUACUGACAUAAUUUCGACUAUUCAGUUUCUUUUUUUUUCUCUUUUUUUUUGCGGUGAACGAAAGUCUUGUACCUCAAAACGCAAGGAAAAAAACAAAGGAGCAACAAUGGCAAAGCGAACAGCGAAAUAUAAACAGAUGCGUACUUAAACAUUUGUACGCUUUGCACUGCAUAUGCAUUUUUGCACCCGUCCACAGCCUCAUGUGAGCUUUAUUAUUAUUAUUAUUGCGGUACAAAUAGACAAAUCUCAGGAAGUACCCUGGUGAUAAUUUCAUUAAUUGAGCAAGUUUUCUCGACCGAUAUGUCUUAUGAGUUCUGCCCUUUCUUUCGCAAUGGGUAAAUAAAUAAGCUUCCUUUUGUAAAAGAUCCGCGAUUACUUUCGUCAUAAAGCGUUUUGUCAUCCUCGCAAAGGUGCAGUUACCACAAACGCUAAGCGCUUUCCAGGCCUGUCGAGCAUUCGUUUUUUGCUUUCGUUACUAGGAGACGAGUAUUUCUUGCGUCGCAGUUCGCAAGUCUUGUAACCACGAGGCGUUGAAGCCAGUUAAGAGCUCUGGAGCUUGUCUUUUCAUUUUUCUUUUUCGUCAGACUACGGCAACGUUUAGCGCUUGCACCAAGAGAUAGGCUGCAUUCCGGCUUGACUUGACACAUCGCGCAUAGUUCUUUGGGUGUUCUGAUAUUAUUACGUUCCAGAAAAAAGAAAAAGAAAAGGAAAGAGUAUGACUUGCCGCAGAAGGCACAGUAAACCUCGUUGAGGGCAUCCUUGGCAAUGUAGGUUGCUUGUGUGGCGGGGGUCGUGCUUUUUGGGCGCGUUGGUUUAAAGAGUGCGCCCUUUAAUUAUAGAGCUCUCUCUGUUCAACAAGCUGUAAGCAGUAGACGAUUUCUUGCUGGUCCUGUCGCUGUUGGACGAUUCGGUGCGCUUGCGUCGGUCUCGGUACAGACGUUCACACUACCCGUGCCCAAGCGACGUGUUAAGAAUAAAAAAAAGCAUUUCUGGGAAGCUACUGAGCUCGAGAAACAAUGCUUGUGAGUAGUUUCUUUUUUCUUCAAACCUAAUCAAAAAACGCAGGCUAUGCAUAGUCUUUAUAGCCUGCGUUCGUGAACCCAGUCAGUGUUGGUUAGUUCGCGCUCUGGUUGUUCUGUAACGCGUCCCUUGAGCGCUCUGCAGGGAAGUGUGAACGUCUGUGUACGUAGGAGCAGCGCGUGUGAUCGCCGCAAAGUGGUUACAUAGUAUACGCUCCGCCCGAUCCGCGGUACGGAGCGGACCGAUACGGAGCGGAGUGCGUCAACGUUGCCGAGAACGCGAGCGUUUCGUGAGAGCAAUUAGCAUGUACACAAAGAUAGAUAUACUAUAUAUAUAUACAUACAUAUAUAUACAUAUAUAUGCACCGUCGUUGUUGUGCUGUCCGAAAAGCGUAGACGUUGUACUGCGCAAAAGGAAAAAAAACGUGCGCUGUGAUACUCACACUUGUUAAUUGUUACGUGCGCCCCCGGUCGACAAUACUGCCUUAAUGGGCGCACGGAGCUUUGUAGCCUUGUUAAAGGAAAUGUUUCCGUUCCUCGCUUUUUAGCAAAGUAUGGCUCACACACACACACACACGUACACUGAUGCCACCGCGAACCCACGAAGCAGACGACGCUUCCUACACGUGCAGAUAAAACCGCGCCGCAGACGCUACCACCAGACGGCGAAAAAAAAAUUAUCGCAAGAUGCAAUCUACACAGUUACCGUCCUUGGACGUGGAGACGAGUCGCGAGGCCCCCAGUAGAACUGCAAAUCGUCGCACCGCCUGCCGGCUGAAAGCGAAACUAUAGCAUUGGCGCCGACUGAUGACGUCACAGCCGUUAUGUGCCAGGUGGUACGUUGCUAUUCGAGGCUGCUCCCGUUUAGCGACCUAGGCAAAACUAGUGUAACGAAAUGUCGCCCGAGGUAACCACCUGCCGGCUGAAAGCGAAACUAUAGCAUUGGCGCCGACUGAUGACGUCACAGCCGUUAUGCGCCAGGUGGUACGUUGCUACUCGAGGCUGCUCCCGUCUAGUGACCUAGGCAAAACUAGUGUUAAGAAAUGUCGCCCGAGGUAACCAAGGUUCGAGGAGGAAUUACGUGCAAGGGAAUACUGCUGGCCGUCCUGGUAGACCUGGCGUUGGACGGUGAAUCGCAGAAGGAUCGCCCGUGCUUUGUUGUGACGUCGUUCGCACAUUUGGCAGCCUUGUUUGUUGCGACCAGAGCAUUACUGAGGGGCAAAUAAUUUAUAGACCGUUAGUUUCUGCAAUUGUUACGAAGUUUUUCUGUGAUUUCACCGAAUCGCAUGCCAACAGCAGCAGUUGACCAACAGAUACCCCCCCCCCCCUUUUUUAAGCAAUUUAAGCGACUGCAAAACCUUUACGCAAGUACAAUCGCGUAGAGGAAAGACAUCUAGCCGGGUCAAAACAAUGUUAAAAAUCGAAGUAACUUCAUCGUUUAAGCACGACGCAGCUUGCUGGAAACAAGUCAAGCCUGAAUGUCGCGAUUUACUUUUUGUUACCUUUGUCGGCGAUUAUGCAGUGGUCCCUUGCGCCGUCCGCGUUAAACUUUCAUUUUUUUGCGUUCUGACGCUCGAAGAAGCUGCAAUGACAAGUGUCACGGUUUCACUGCAAACAGUGUUAUCUAGUAAGCGAUUGCAUAGUCUAAUAAAGCGGUUUGCUUACUACCCUUUGGUAUAAUGUGCUAAGCUAAUGCGAAAACUGCAGCCGUAGCCUCGCGUUCGGUCUGAAGCAGACGUGACGUCAGUCUCGGAUUCCUCUGAGGCACAAUUGGCUGCCAUUGAGACAGAGGUCACUCGCAGUUGAAACAUAAUACCGCCGGAGCUGGCACAGUCUCAUGGCGGUCAAUCGGGCACGUUCACAUUUGAACUCCCGAACGCUUCUCUGCGCACCAUUCACCAUAGCCUCCGACUGUAUCGAGAAUUGGGAGCAACAUCGCCUUCGAUCGCUUGUGAAGGGCAGAAAUGGCGGAUUUCGUACUAAUUAAUCCGCGGAAUGGCAUUCGAUUCCGAGAUUUAUGUACGAUCUCCUUCUUCUGGGCCUGGAAAGUUGAUUGCCGUUCGUGCGGCUUUCAAAGUAGAAGAAAAGGUUCGAAUCGCAUGUUCGUGCGAUUAAGCGUGGAGUUCGGCCUGCCUUUCUUCUUCAGCAAAUUGUGCUCGGCCCUAACCGUGGUCGUCCGCGCUACUCUCUGGCUAUGGCUUCGGCUGUUAGUUUUCGACAGGCAUAUCGUGGCUACAGUCUGCAGCCUCGAAACCUCGCGCAUGCGCACUUUAGCCGCAACCCGACCAUGCACCGCGACUCGAGACGUUCCUUGUGAGUGUUCGCCGUUGAAUGAAUAAAUAAAUAAAUAAUAAAAAUGCGCAGCCGCUCCCUUAGCCGAGGCUGCGGGAACGCGUCUUACUUUUUUUUUCUUUUUUCUGUCGUCCGACUCCCCGGAGGAAUAAUUCUCUGCGCUGUACAUAUAUAUUUAAAAGAAAAGCGACGUGUUUUACAUAUAUAUCUUUAAAUAUAUUUUUUACCAAAAGGGGGCGGGCUUGUUCGUUGUUGGAGGAGAGAAUAAAAAAACGGAAGAUGGAAUGUCAGUGAUAAAAGAGGAAAAAAAAAAGCAGAGUUCUACUUCUAGCGUGUUCAGGUGUUCGCAGACGGUUGUUGUUGCUUGUUGACGAAAAACGUACUCGAGAUGAGAUGAAACACACGCUUUAAGCGCCUCUGUUCUUGUUGAGAAGCGGUUAUACGUGGCUUUGCGAGAGAAGAGAGGGCGGUGCGGAAAAAAAAAACUGGGCACGUCUGCCGCCAGUAUUCACUCACUCACUCUCUCUCUCUCUCUCUCAUCGGAGCUUGUACACACACUUUGUUCCGUGACGCGUGAGGUCGUCUCGUUGUUUGCGUUGUUUCGUUCCUGCUCUCGUGUUUCUCUGUUUUUGUAGGAAAGAGCGUCCAGGCAGGUAGCGCAGCGCCUCGGCCUGGAAAUGUC